AUGCGGGAACAAAGUCACGAAGCCUUGAAGCAAAGCGCGGGAGCGUGGCAGGAUACUCCCGAGAAGGUCUUCGCAAAAUCCGGUUGGUCAGGCGUGCGUCGCGCGGCCGUGGCAGCGGUGCAUCGCUCGUGUGACGCGGCGGAGCACUGGGAACCGUGGCUCGGCGCGGUGCUGGAGGAGGAUUCCAGGCGCAGCCGAAUGCUAGACGAGCUCACAGCCGCCCUGACAAGGGCGGGUGCCCCACCGGAGGAACAAGAAGGGGAGGCGGUGGGUUGGGGACGGGAGGGAGUGGGUAACGAGGAGUCUGGCGUGGUUGAAAGCGAAGGGGGUGAAGGCAGGGGUGAGGGGGAGGAGGCAAGAGCAUCGGACAGGGGAGGCGCCGCGACAUUGUUUCCGAUGCUGCUGGGUGUGCCAGUGGCAGUGAAGGAUCUGAUCCACGUGGAUGGCUUCUCCACCAGAGCAGGCGCGCUGCCAGGCUUCCCUGCACUGGACUCCGUAUUGCAAAUGCGGGAGGGCGAGAUUAUCCAACGGCUGAGGUCAGCUGGUGCACUCAUUCUGGGCAAGGCAGCCAUGACAGAAUUCGCCUACCGCCACCCGACUCGCACACACAACCCUCUUGCUCCAUCCUUCACGCCUGGAGGCUCCAGCAGCGGGUCAGCAGCAGCUGUUGCAGCAGGCAUCUGUCCGCUGGCCCUCGCAUCACAGACGUGUGCAUCCAUCUCCCGCCCUGCAGCUUUCACAGCCACAGUGGGCUUUAAGCCAUCGCACCACCGCCUCCCCGCCUCUGGCUGUGUUUCGCCAUCGCCCUCCCUGGACCAGUUUGGAGUCAUCUCAGCCUCAGUGCGCUGGGCUGCACUCUGGGGACAGGCCGUGGUGCCCCACUGGCGCCCCCCAACCCCCUCUGCGGCAGUGCACGAGCCCCGCUGUGUGGCAGUCCCUGAGGGGCCGCUGCUGGAGCAGUGUGAGCGGGGCCCAGCGUGGGAGGCGUUUCAGCAGCUGCUGGUGCAGAUGAGGGCAAGCAGUGCAUGGAAGGUGGUGUCGCUGCCCUGCCUUGACGACUUGCAGCGGAUCAAAGAGUCCCACCUGGCUCUCAUGGCGUUUGAAUAUGCCCGCUUUAUCGAUUCCCUCCACCUGCCUGACCUGCCGUCUCUUGUUUCCCCGCCUCUCAUGGAGCUAAUCUUGACUGGGCGAGGGGUGACAGAGGAGGAGGCGGCAGCAGGCAGGGCGUCGUGUGUGGCACUGCGGCAUGCACUGCAGCAGCAGCUGAGGCAGGCUGGGGCUGAGGCCGUCAUCGCCCCUGCUGCCACCGGCUUCACUCCACCCGUGCAUCAAGGCACGACAGGAGAUCCCAUCAUGUCCAUCCCGUGGAGCCAUGCUGGUCUGCCCACUGUCACCAUGCCAGUCGCCCUCACACCUGCUGCAGCUGCUGGCAGCACUCGCGACGGUGGUUCAGUGCAUGAAUUCAGUGAGGAGAGUAAUGAAGAGUGCAGCAGGGAGGGCAGCAGGGAGUAUCUUUCAGUGGGAGUCACGCUGGUUGGGAUGUGGAACAAGGAUGAGACACUGCCAUUGGAGUUGGCGCUGCGGGGAAGGGGAGUAGUGUUAUCCGCAUCAGCACCAGCAGCAGGGGCAGCAGUGAUGGCAGAAGCUCCCGAGGGCUUCACCUUACACCAGGAAGAUGGGGGGGGAGCGGGAAAGGGAGGGUGGAAAGGGGAGGGCGGAAAGGGGUGGGGGGGAGGGGGCGGAAAGGAGGGAGGGGUGUUGAGGGGGGGGGAAGGGAAAAAAUGGGCGCUUUCCCCUUUCGCCAGCUGGGACCAUCGACACGCACUCAAGUCCUGGAAGAAGAUGAGGGGAGCGCAGAAAGGGGAGAGGAAAAGCGGAAAGGGGAGGGAUACUUAA